AACAACCUAAGUUUCACUCUGCUCUAUGCCACAUUGCAUGUGAUGUGAUAUAGAACAAAUUUUCAAGUUUAAUUUUAACAUUUUGCAGACUUAAAUCAAUUCAUUCGGACUCUGAACUUCUACCAAAACGGAUGUGUUGUGUAUCGUUAAAUUUGAACUAUUUUUUGAACACUUUGUUCGUUUAUUAAAGAUAUAAAAUCCUUUCUACAAUUGUUGACGUCGUGAUUUUAUUUUUGGUUUUUAGUUUUUUUUCUGAAUUGAUUGAUCAUCAGUUCGGUGUGAUUAAAUAGUUGUCAAUCGGUUGAUUUGCACGAUUCAGAUAUAAUUUAAGCUUAAAGUGCAACAUUUACUAUUUAUGUCGAAUAUAAAACGUGUGAAACUAAAAUAGUUUUAAGCAGAAAAGUCGAAUUGUUUUACUUACGUACUGUUUGAUAAACGAAAGUGCAGGAAGAAAAUUCUCUUAUCAAAAUUUCGAUUGAAAUGGAUCAAUUCCACAAGAGUUCGUCUCAGGUGCCACUGGCACCGAGUCAUGAAUAUAAUAAAACACAACCAGUUACUACUCCAGGCACUAAAAGCUAUGACAAGCAGAAGGCUCUUUCAAAGUCUGAACUUUCAAGCAUCGUAUUUACAAAUUACAAAGCCGAAAUGCACAACGUUUCAGCACACACUGUUGCUGGUUCAACAUUGCCAUUGGUACAGCUGAAUAAAGAUGAAGAAACUGGAAGCUAUAAUCCAUUCGAACAUCGGAAAGUCAGUCAUCCAACGACAGACUCAGAGACCCUAAUCCAUUUGCUUAAAGGAUCCUUGGGUUCGGGUAUUCUGUCAAUGCCAUUGGCUUUCGCCAAUGCCGGCUUAUGGUUUGGCCUGUUUGCAACAUUCGCCAUCGGUGCUAUUUGUACGUACUGCGUUCAUAUCCUCGUAAAAUGUGCUCAUGUUCUCAGCCGACGCACCCAAGUACCUUCUUUGGGUUACGCUGACGUUGCGGAAACUGCCUUCUUGGCUGGACAUGAAAGUCUACAUAAGUGGUCCCGUUUAGCACGGUUCUUGAUUAAUUUCUUUUUGGUUGUGGAUUUAAUCGGCUGCUGUUGUAUUUACAAUGUGUUCGUUGCUACCAAUAUCAAACAAGUCGUGGAAGUCUAUUUUGACGUCCACCUUAACAUUCGAUUGUACAUAUUGAUGUUACUGGUGCCAUUGAUUUUAAUUAAUUUGAUUCGAAGUUUAAAAUACUUGGCACCGUUUUCAUUGAUUGCAAAUUCACUGAUGGGCGUUGGUAUGGGAAUAACAUUGUACUACAUUGUAACGGAUUUACCACCCGUUGCCGAUCAAUAUGCCGCAGCAGAUGUGACAAGGUGGCCAAUGUUUUUCGGAACUGUGAUCUUUGCGUUGGAAGGAAUUGGUGUCGUUAUGCCACUCGAAAACAAUAUGAGAAAUCCAACUCAUUUCAUUGGUUGUCCUGGAGUUUUGAAUAUCGGUAUGUCGUUCGUUGUCACCCUGUAUGCCUUGUUUGGAUUUUUGGGAUUUCUCAAGUAUGGUGCAGCCACGGAGGGAUCAAUUACACUCAAUUUACCAUUGGAUGAUAAACUAGCUCAAUCGGUUAAAUUGAUGAUUGCUCUGUCGAUCUUCUUAACGUAUACGUUGCAAUUUUACGUUCCGAUGGAAAUUAUUUGGAAAAAUGUAAAAGGAAAUUUCAACGAGCACUUGAGCGCUAUUGAAUAUAGCAUUCGUAUUGGACUGGUGACAUUGACUGUAAUCAUCGCUAUCAUAAUUCCCAACCUUGGUCCAUUUAUAACACUUAUCGGUGCUGUUUGCUUGAGUACAUUGGGCCUGAUGUUUCCGGCAAUAAUCGAAACCAUAACGUAUUGGGACCGCCCGGGCAUGGGACGUUUCAAUUGGCGCUUGAUAAAGAAUGGACUGUUGGUGGUAUUUGGUAUAAUCGGUUUGUUGACCGGUACAUAUGUCAGUAUUGAAGAAAUAACCCACACAUUUUUCAAUUAGAUCUUAAUUGUGUUAAGUUGAAAGUGAUCAUUGUUUUUUCUUCGGAUUUAUUUAAUAUUUAAAUAUACAGACUAGAGACUAGAGAGUAUUAUAAAAAAAAUGACAAUAAUUUUGCAAAGACUACAGGUGAAAAACGAAACAUCCAUGACUGGAUGUGUACCAAAUAUAACUUCCAUACACAUUACACAAUCAAUACACACACUGCUCCUGGGUAGAGUCUGUGCUGUAUGUGUAUAGAGAUUAUUUACGAACACAUGUUUCGAGGGAGCAAAAUUUUUAUUUAAAAAAAAAGUUCAUGCAGUGAUUGAAUCUAGUGAUAAAAUAUUUGCAGCUUACAGAAAUGUUACUUUUAAUUUAAUUACUUUGAUUUUAGACUUUAGGGUGCUUUAAGUAUACCAAUGUGACAUAAACAAUUGUGUACAGCAGUGCGAUUUUCAUAAAUCUAUUUACACACUAGUGCGUAAAAGUGA